AUGUCCAGCUCAGCCAAUAGAAUUACAAAUCUCCGCCCCUGCUGGCUCGGAUUGGUUCUCGUUCCGGGCGCGAGGCGGGAGUUGCGCUCAAACCGCGGCGCCAUGGAGGCUGUGCUGGGGCAGGUGGCGGAGUUGCCUGCGUUGUUUGCUGUGUCCCGUUCCGUCCAGGUGCGGGACUGGGACCCCCCGACCCUGGACAGGGCUCUGGAUUGGGCACGCUACUUCCAGCACCUCCACGACCGCUUCCGUGGCCGACCCCGUCUCCGGGACGCUGUGGGGCGGCGGUUGCGGCGGGGCCAGACGGGCAGCCCGCUCUCCUUCUGCCAUCUGGGCGCCUGCUCGGAGCUACUGGGCUUGGCGCUGCUAGAGAACCGCGCUCUGCCGCCCACCGCCUGCCGCCGCCUCCUGCAGCGCCUCCUGCAGGGGGAAGCUGGCCCCGAACCGGGCCGCCUGGUUCUGCUGGCCCGCAGGAAGGCCGCUUCCCGCCUUCUGGAGAGCUGCGCGCUGUCCUCGAGCGAGCCGGGCCCGCGGGUGUGUGUGGAAGCGGGGCUGCUGCUGUGCCGGCUGAGGGAGGACGGGCGGGAAGCUGGGGCGGCCCUGGGCUGGCUUGGACCUGUCUUGGAGCAGCUCCCCCGGCCUCGCGCUUUCGCUGUGGUGGCGGAGGCGCUGUUGCUGCUGCAGGGGGACGGGGACAGCACGGCGAGUGGAGCAGAAGCUGGAAGCGUUGCGGAUCCCCUGCUUUCCUGGCUACUGGAGGAUCCGCACCGGUUUUCUGCCUGCUGUCUGCUCCUCUCGGGCGCUCUGCUCGCCUCGCUAGCCGAUCGCUAUGCCCGGUUAAGCAGGCGUUAUUUGGAUCUUUUAGCUGAGUGGGGAAGUCAGUUGCUGUAUGACUCGCUGCAGGGACGGUGGGUUAGAAGUGGUCCUGAGGAGGCUAAAUUGUGCUGGGAGGAGCUGAGGGAGCGUUUUGUCUGCCUCCGUCAGGGAUCUGUGCAACUCAGGGAGCAAACCCAAGCAGCUCUGAAGCUCCUGAAGGCCCGAGACGGAGACUUUCAAGUCCGUGGCCUAAGUGUGUGGACUGACCUGCUGCUGGAAGUGGAGAAAGACUUGAGGAAGAAGCAGAGCCCAAACGUGUGAACACCAGAGCAACACAAAACUUUAUGAAAUCUAGCAAAUCUGACUGAUGCUUAUUUGAAGGGAGAGAACUAUGUCCUGCUUUGAGUUGAAAACCCAAGCUCUGAUAGGACUGCUGAUCACACUGUUUCUGACUGCACAUGAACUUUCAGGAAGGCCUGUUACUUCUUUGCAUCUGUACUGCUGAUUCUCUUGGUGACAGGCAAUAAAUAUCUUCCUUUACAGUGCUUACUGCUCAGCUAAUAAAACAAAGAACCUGGUUUUUUUGAAUAUGUUUUUUAAAAAUAAGCUUUCAUUUUUUAUUGGCUACAAAUAACAGAUGAGAUAUGUUAUGGUCAUGGUAGUUCUGUUUUGUUUUUGUUUUUUGUUUUUUAUUGUUCAAAGGGAAUGAUGGGGAUUCAAACCUGAAAAUCCCAAAUGCAGGGUUGAUUUAGUAGUGAUUACCUUCAUUAGGCUGUCUGUUCUGUUGGCAUUUUCUGAUCUUCAGAAAAGAUCUGUGAGUUGUCUGUGAAUUAGCCUCUAGGCCUAAAGUGAAGGAGGGGAAAAGAAAAAAAACUUGAAAGCUUACUGAAAAGUUCUAAAACUUGAAGGCUUUAUUAGUUACCUUGUUAUAUACUGGUAUGUAAAUAUUAAAUAUAUUGAAUGUUUAUUAAAACAGCAGUAAGAUGUGGCAUAUUCUGCUGUGUUUUUCUUCCCUUUCCCAUGAUCUGUUACAUUAAAUAUAUUCAUUUUGUGAAACGAAAGUGAGUGGUAUAGCAAACUUUUUAAAUGGAGUCCAAUGGAGUUAUCUUUUGUUGAAUCUGUUUCUGUUGACAAAACUCAAAUGGGUAAAAAAGUACUGGGCCACCAUGACUUAAAACAAGUGCUGUACCUCAGAAUUAAUGAGAUCUUGUCUACUUAGCUCUGUAAGCUAGAAUUACCAGCGUAAGCAGAGUAAUAAGAUGCAAUACUCAGUGAAGGUGGGAAAUGCAAAUAGCGUAGAAGGUUCAUCUUUAACCUCAUGUGUGGAGGAUCUGUCAAGGAGUGUAGUGUGUAUUUAGAUAGGAUUGAGAUAAGUUGAGAAAAGUGUUCUUGUGUUACUGAAAUGCCUUUUAGGGAAGGAUUAGAAGGUGGUUUUAUUCUGAUUGUAAGCUUAACUACAUGUAUUUAUUA